CCAGAGUCUUCCGUCUAUUGCCGGAGUGUAAACAUGGCCGACAGCGCCAGCGAGAGUGACUCGUCCUCCGUCACUGACGGGCCAACCAUGCAGCCCCCGUCCAUGCCACCCUCCCCCAUCACGAGGGAGCAGUGGCAGAAGAGAAUAGACUGUUUACAGCAGCAAAAUCGUGUUCUCAGGGCCGAGCUGGAGACGUACAAGUUGAGGGUGAAGAGUCUGCACGAGGAGAACAGGGCGUUGCGGCAAGCGUCUGUCAAUAUUCAAGCCAGAGCUGAGCAAGAGGAGGAGUUUAUCAGUAACACUUUACUGAAGAAAAUACAGGCUCUAAAGAAAGAAAAGGAAACUUUAGCUCUCAACUACGAGCAAGAAGAGGAAUGCUUGACAAAUGAUUUGUCACGCAAACUCAGUCAACUGCGUCAGGAGAAAGUGGAAUUGGAACAGACUCUUGAACAGGAACAGGAGUGCCUUGUUAACAAGUUGAUGCGCAAAAUAGAGAAGUUGGAAACUGAAACAGCAGCAAAACAAAAUGAUCUAGAAACUCUAAGGAGAGAAAAGAUUGAAUUAGAAAAUACACUGGAACAGGAACAGGAAGCCCUAGUCAAUAAACUAUGGAAGAGGAUGGAUAAAUUGGAAGCUGAGAAAAGGAUGUUGCAGGGUAAGCUGGAGCAGCCAAUCUCAAACCCGCCCUCACCAGCAGACUUUAAUCAAGGUGACCGUGCAAAUAACUUAUCUUCACACAUACAGCACCUGCGGGAUGAAGUAUCUAGGUUUAGAGAGCAACUCACUAGUGCCCAGGAGGAACUGGUCCUUCCAGACAAUCGCACAACCCAACAGUAUGCAAAUGAAGAGCGUUUAAUUCGUGAAGAGAAUCUACGCCUUCAGAGAAAGUUACAAAUGGAAGUUGAGCGAAGAGAGGCCUUAUGUCGACACCUCUCUGAGUCAGAGUCAAGCCUGGAGAUGGAGGAAGAGAGGCACUACAAUGAAAUCACCUCCCAUCGUCACCGAACACUCUCCAGUCCAGUGCCGUACAAUCCCUCUCCCAGCCCAUCACGUCCACUUUCACCAGGUCUUUCCAGUUAUAGUGGUGGACGUGACCUGUUCUCCCCUCCAAGCCCCAUGGGUCGUUGUCCUCACUGUGGCCAGGUGAUCAUCCACCAUCCUCCGCCCUCUGUUCCUCCACCUAACUACUUGCCCUCAGCAUCCCCUCCCCCUCCACCUGUAAUAUCUCCAGCAUUCCAGAGACUUGGUCCUCGCACUUCACAAGAACGGUUUGUGAAGCCCAUUGCUCCUCCCCCAAGCAGCUCAGCUUUGUUGGCUACCCCAGCCUCCCAUCACACAUCAUCUAAUACAUCAGGAUCAACUUCCAGUUCCACACCUCCUCAUCCUCCUCCUCCGCCAGUUCCAGCCCCACAGCUGCCAUCCUCUCCUCACCCUGUUGCCCCACCUUCCCCUAUGGAUGUGAGCCGCAAUUGAUGGAGAAUGCCUUGGAUUUGUGGUGAAAAAUCUCUUAUAUCACUUGUAGAAAGGUUGCUAGUAAGCUUUAUAUCAUGAUUAGAAUUGGAAAGUUAUUUUCUCUUAUUUGUGGAUAUAAUGUUGUGACUUGUGAUAGAGGAGAUACUGAUAAAAGUGAAUUGGGGCAACUUCUUGAAAAACUUGUGGACAACAGUGAAUUACGUACCCCACAGAUGUCCUGAUGAAAUUCAGUUAAUGAAACUUAUGCAGAUUUAUGGCAGUCUUAGAAAGUUUUAUUUAAGCUAAAUGUGAUAACUGCGUGAGAUAAAUACAUAAGAAAGAUGUUAAUAGAAUAAUUUGAAGAAAUGAUGUUAGUGUAAGAGGUGUGGAAGCAGUGGCAGUGAAAUGGACUGUUUCUAUCUGUCUUCCUCUGAUGGUCUGUCUGUCUGUCUGUCUGUCUGUCUGUCUGUCUGUCUGUCUCUUUCAAUCAGUUUUUAUGUCAAUCUGUUUGGCAGCAAAUCUAUAAUCUUCUGCCAUAAUCAGUCAGUCAGUUUUGUCAGCCAGUAUAUUUCAGACAGUCAAUGUCUGCCAGUAUCAGUGAGUAUGUCUACACUUGACCUUCAUACCUCUCUCUCUCUCUCUCUCUCUCUCUCUCUCUCUCUCUCUCUCUCUCUCUCUCUCUCUCUCUCUCUCUCUCUCUCUCUCUCUCUCUCUCUCUCUCUCUCUCUCUCUCUCUCUCUCUCUCUCUCUCUCUCUCUCUCUCACUUAAAAUUGUGAUAUCAAGCCUGCUUGUUGUUGGACAACUGUAUGUCAGUGUCUUUAGAAUUUAGUGCUGAAUUGAUUCCCUUAGAUGAAGAUACACUAAUAUUUACCCUGAUUGUAGCACAGUUUAUUAUUUUGUUUUACAGUGUCUGUGAAGCUAUAAUAAACCAGUUUAUGCACAACUUCUCUAUUUGAAAUUUCAGGUAAUAUGAUAACAUUACCAAAUAAUUAGGUGAUGGUAUUUUGUUGUUAUGGGUCCAUUAUUACUGGUUAGAUUAGCUCCAAAGAUGAGAAAAAUUAAGUGAAAAUUAUCUUAUGUAAAAUUAUUACCAAGCAUACAAUUACAAGUAUACCUUGUAAAUUUGUCAACAAAAAGCAUUGAUUUUACAGAUAAAGUUGUUUUAUCUACAUACUGUUUUUUAGUAUGGAUGAACAAAUCUUUGUAUUUAUACAGGUACGUAGGUAAGUAUGUAAUGUUUAUGAAACUAUGUACUUGAACACAUGAGUACUUAAUAUGUUGUAUUUACCACUUGAUAACUUCAUAACAUUGCUGUGCCUAUUAUGCAUCACCAACACUAAUGACUGACUGCAUGUAAGCAACUUCAAUUGUUAUUUAUAGUUGUGGCAGCUUGAAAAUUGAUGGAGAAUGCUGGGAGGAGAGCAAUAUAUAUAUAUAUAUAUAUAUAUAUAUAUAUAUAUAUAUAUAUAUAUAUAUAUAUAUAUAUAUAUAUAUAUAUAUAUAUAUAUGUGUGUGUGUGUGUGUGUGUGUGUGUGUGUGUGUGUGUGUGUGUGUGUGUGUGUGUGUGUGUCUCAUAGUUAAUUGGAAAAGGUUGGCUGGGGAGUUAUUUAAUUAUGGCAUUUUGGUGAAAGUGCCACAUGAUAUUUCUUUGGAUUUUUAAGUCACUGGCUUUGAUCUAUGCUAAUUCUUGCAGAAUGAUACAGUGUUCUUGGGUAGCUUGGGUUUAAUGAUGUAACCUUAACAUUUGAGUGAAAAAUCCUAGUAAAUCACUCAUGAAGAAUAAAAUCAA